UCCAGGACCCGCUGGCCGGUGCGGCGGGGAAGGGUUCCCUCCCCCUCCCCGCUGAGGGGGCUCGGGGCGGGCGGCCGCCAUGAGGCGAGCGCGGGGCGCGGCGGCGCUGAGGCUGGCGGGUCCCCUCACGACCGGCAGCGGCUGCUGGUGGGCGCUGCUGAGGGGCCGGGCCCGGCCCGGCAGCUCUCCCGGUGAUGUUACUGAUCGGAGAGGUGGGAGCGCGGGAGAUCCGCAGCGCCUCCCUCUCCCCCGCCACAAUACGGGCGAAUCGAUAUAAUUUAUGAUAACUGAUAACGGGCCCCGAGGGGGGCGAGAGGGGCUCGGGGGGGGUGGCCCGCGGAGCCGGCAGACCGAGGCCGUGCCGAUGAAUGGGGCCUGUGGAGCCGCGGGUGCCCCAGAGCGGGGGGGCGGGAAGCCGUCCUGGGCCUCGAGCAUCGCCCGAAGGGCGCCCGGCUCCCCCCCCCCGCCCCGUGCCUUUCCCGCCCCCGGGCUGCGGCACCUCCGCCGGGGCCCCGCCAGCGUCCCGCGCUGUCACUAACGUCGUGCCUCUGCCUCUAGCGACGAAUGACUGCUGAAAAAUCCACACUUGGGAUAGCCAGCAGACUUGCAGAUAGCAGAAUGCGUCUGACGAUAAGCUCCUCUUGCCCCGCUUUUGAGGUUUCCCUUAACCCGCGUCUCUUCCACGGUAGCACAGCGCAGGGAUAAAAGGUACUACACGCUGAAAAGCUCGAUUUUUGUCACCAUUAGUUAUUAUUUCUUAACGUUCCAGCAGGGUCAGCUGGUGCGCUGCAGGGCCCGGGCAACGAAGGCUCUGCCCGCGGGAACGGCCCCUGUGCAAACCCCGCCCGCGAGGCCCCGCUCCCCGGCUGAGACCCUGCCAAGCCUGGCGAGGGCAGGGCGGCGGGAGGCCUCCCGGUGUGCCCCUCCUCCUUGGGCAGCCCUGGAGAAGCGGAGCCGGGGCACGUUUCCGCGGCAGCGGCCGAGCGGCCCCGCCCCGAGGCGGGGAAGAGGGGAGGAAUGGAGAGGGGGGGGACGGGGACGGACCCUUUCGUGUGCCGGAACCUUGCUGCCGACGCGCCCGUUUCCUGCCGGAGCCGCGCGGCGGGGCGCAGCGCCGGUCGCUAUGGCAGCGGGGCCGUGGGGCUGGGGGUCGGUGGUGCUGCCGCUCCUGCUCGCGCUGCCGCUCGCGCUGCUGCUCCUCGUUGGCGCGCGCCGCCUGCGGCGCCGUUACGCGGCCGACGGGGCUCGCGCCUCCCUGAGGGGACGGGCGGCGGCGCGGGCGAAUGGCGUCCGUGCGUUGCUGGUGACGGCGCACCCUGAUGACGAAGCGAUGUUCUUCGCCCCCACGGUGCUCGGCUUGGGCAGGGCCGGCGCCCGCGCCGCGGUGCUGUGCUGCUCCGCAGGAAACUACUACAAUCAAGGAGAGAUUCGUAAGAAAGAACUGGAACAGAGUUGUUUUCUUCUGGGGAUUCCUGCUUCUGAUGUAACAGUUGUUGAUCACAGGGAUCUUCCGGAUAAUCCUGCUGUUGAAUGGGACACACAGGUCCUUGCUGCCUUUGUGCUAAAGCAUAUAGAAGCCAAUAACAUCAACCUGGUGGUAACCUUUGAUGCAGGAGGAGUGAGUGGUCAUGCUAACCACAUUUCUCUUUAUGCUGCUUUAAGAGAGAUCUCCUCCAGAGCUGCCCCUGCCUUUCCCAGGCAUGAGAAGAACUCUUUGUACUUGCAUUCAGAGCGGAAGUUACCUGAAGGGUGCCAUGUGCUUGUGCUUGAAUCAGUAAAUCUCUUCCGGAAGUACAUCUCCAUCCUGGACGUACCCAUUUCCUGCCUCCUGCCCAGAGAUGCACUCUUCAUACUCACAGAGGAGGAGACUGAACGAGCCCGGAGCGCCAUGCGGUGUCAUCACAGCCAGCUCCUUUGGUUUCGCCACAUCUAUAUGCUUUUCUCACGUUAUAUGGUGAUCAAUUCACUCCGCCUUCUGUAAAAAAGACGUCGCUCACAACUUCAGGAGUAAAAGAAUGAGCAAAAAAAAGACCGUGCCAGGCCCGGGACUAAAGAAAACUCACCUGUUACAUGCUAAGAGGACAGGAUUCUCUUUGUGUAGCAUUCUUUCAGACUAUGGAAAACAGAUUGUAUGAACUUCCUCUGAAUAUCUUGUUGCCUUUGAUGAUACAUUGAUGACCAGGGUUUAACAGCUACUCUAUUUUCUCACUGUAGAAGCUUAAAUAGGGUAAGAAAUUUGGAUUAACCUAAUUAGGAGUCAAAAGCAGGAGUAUUCUGCAUUAGAGAAAAUAUGGCACAAACUAUUUUUUCCCAAGAGGAUAUAGCUGCGAGGACUGCUUGGCAACUAUCUCUUGGUGCUGUUGUAAAAUCCAGAUUUCAGGAGUAACUUUUCAAAGAUCAUGCUAUCUUCACAGAUACAACCAGAACAACAAGACCCAUCUUAUUCAGUCAGAACUUUAAAAAGCCAAAGCUUAUGAAUAAAACAUCAGAAAUCAUACGAA